GUUCGAUUCCCAGACUCCCGAGAGCCCCUAAAGGGCUACGUUGACUCGAACCCGCAACCCGCACAACCCGGUAAAUACUCCGCAUGUUAUGCUACUGGGCAGCCUGGGACUAGGUACCUGGGCUACUAGAUAUGAUACAUAGCUCGAAGAUCUCGAGAGGGGGUUGUUUGCUACCAAUGAGGGCCAACCUGAAACGUCCCAUUCAUAUAUCAUUAUAUUGAGUUGUGGUUUUGAUUGUUCUCGAGUGAUGCAUGUCAGAUAUAUAUGCACUCGUUGUCCGUACAAUUGGGUCUCGCCAGCCUGUCAUAUGUGUCUUUUUUUCUUUCGUCGUAUCCGGGGCCUGGUUACAUAAUUCUGCAUUUAAUUCUGCAUUGUUACGAGCGUUGGAAUUCUACGAUAGCCUUUCAUCCGUAUGAUUACAGAAUGCAGUGUACCUUGGUAGUUUGGAUAUUUGAUAUUGGAUAUUCGACUAGACGGCUUAAUUAUGUUGAGCUUGGGCUUGGAACUAUUGGAUAACUAAUGCGACUUGGGCCUUUUAUUCACAUCACGCUACACACCUAUGUAAUUCUUUCUUUCUCGGCAGACAAUAUCUUGUAGUUAUACAUACAAACGAUAGCAC